UGACGAGGGUCGUUAUCGCAGCAACUUCCAACAUCAACAACCGAACCAGCAGAUUCACCGUGCACCAGCAACAAGCUUUGAACUCACAACUCAUUCUGCUUCCUCCCAGCAACACUACCAGCAGCAUGCUCGCUCGCAACAUCGCCCUCUUCGACGCCCCCAAGCCCUACGGCCUCAUGUGCUUGACGGUCACCAUCCACGAAGCGCGCCAAACGCACGCCUCCGCCGUGUACGCCCAAAUCAAGGUCCACGACGACGUCCAGCUCCAGACAACGAGCGCCAACAACGACUGGAACGAAACCUUCCACAUCUACGUCGCCGAGCCCCGCGACGAGACGCUGUCCAUCCAGCUCACUGACGCCUCGGCGUGGUUCAGUGGUGACGCCGGUGCCUGCACGAUUCCGCUGGCGGGCCUCUUGAGCGGCGCGUCUGUGGAUGCGUGGUUCCCGCUCACGGUCCGCGGCUCCCAGCAGGGCGAGGUCCGCUUGGGGUUGCAGCUCCGCGGUGACAUUGCGACGUAUGUCAAGGUGCACGGCGUUGAUGAGACCAAGGCACAGCCGCUGGCGUCGCCGGCCGGGACCACGGCAGCGGCGGCCUAGACGCGUGUAGUCGAUUCGCUGUAUUUACUUCUAUUAAUCUUAAUUGACACGUCUAAGCCUA